UGAGAUCGCAUCAACCAAUCAGCAGAGUGAACUCAUCGUUUGUUUGGUUUGUUUACUUUUCUUUCGAACGAUUUUCUUUCCAGAGGGCGUGGCUUUCGGCGAUGCUGGAUGUGUGAUGCAGCAGAAGCAUGAUGACAACCUGAAACGACAAACAGUUGUACAAUCACCGUUCUUCGGUUACAGUGCUUUGAUUGCCUUCUGUGCGCAACCGUUCUUUUCGCCUUCGAGGUCCGUGAGCGGUGUCCGUUCAGCGUGAGCGCGUUAACGAAAUCACAGUGAUAAAGUUUUAACCGUCUGUUGUCACUGCUUUUUACCUGAGUUCGGUCGCGGUUGCUGGAUGCAAAAGACGCAUUCGCGGUUGUUGGAUGAUAAAACUUGAAGAGCUAUUAAUUGAGUGAGCGAUUGUUAAUUUUGGAGUGAAUCGAAGAGAUACGAUUUGAGGAUUUAGUAUGCACUUUGCUGAAUAACUAAUGAUAUAUUCGAUUUGAAAUUCUACAAAACAAGUUUGGGAAGUGGUUUGAUGACCUGUGAGUUUAUUAUUGUGGGUGUUUUGGUUUAACAAAAAAAAAAAGAAAUGUGAAUAGCGACGCAAAUUACAGCAAGAAGAAGAAACAAGUGAUAAAACUCCCGACGGAAAAUUGGUUGUGUGUUUUUGUGAAGUGAAGUUUUGGAAAAUUUAGCAAAAUUCCGCCGCUAUCGAUAAUGUCGUCUGCAACCCACGAGGAUGAUGAUCUGGACCACGAACAGGAGAUCAACGUGGAUGCGGACUCGGAUUCACACUCUCGAAUGUCCUACAACAGCAAUGGGUCAGAGGAUAUAGAUCUUGAUGGAGAUGGCAACGGAAGCUCAUGUUACGACGAAUCGGAUAUUGUGAGUGACCAUCAAACUCCUUCGGAACCCACGACGCGAUCCCCCAACGAGAACCUGCCCUUCAGCAUAUCGAGGUUACUGUCAAAACCUUACGAUAGCCAUAAAGACAAAGACAUUUCCGAGGAUAGUGACAGUCAGAAAAACGAAAAUCACAUCACUGCCGGAGGGCUUCAGUACACGGCCGGCGCCCUCUACAGCUACCCAAUCUAUCCACCCGGCCAUGUGCUACGAGUGCCUCCCCAGCGGGGUCCCUGCAAUCCGCUGUCAUGGUCACUGCCUCCGCUACAUCCGGCAGCUCUGGCCCACCAAGCCGUCAAGGACAGACUGGCCGACAUUCAUCAUUUGAACCAUUCCAUAGUUCAUAUCGUAAACAGUUGUUCUAAAAUGACUAACGCUGAACUCGGAAGUCAUUUAACGUCCACCGGAGCAGCAUUCCCCAUCGCCCGCCGAAUCGGCCAUCCAUACCAAAAUCGAACGCCACCGAAGCGGAAAAAGCCGCGCACCUCGUUCACCCGGAUCCAGGUCGCCGAGCUGGAAAAACGGUUUCACAAACAAAAGUACCUAGCAUCCGCCGAGAGGGCAGCACUGGCGCGAGGACUGAAAAUGACCGAUGCCCAGGUCAAAACGUGGUUCCAGAAUCGGCGGACUAAAUGGAGGCGCCAGACAGCGGAAGAACGUGAAGCGGAACGUCAGGCGGCAAAUCGUUUGAUGCUGUCUCUACAGGCAGAGGCGCUCAGCAAAGGAUUUGGUCAGCCUCCUCCAUCGGCAGCGCCGCCCAAUGCUGCUCCAGGAGCCCCUCUAGCCGCCCUGCAUGGUUUACAACCGUGGGCUGAAGCCCAUACAGCAGGGUGCUGAAAUGAAAGCACAAACAUUUGGGCAGAGAUUCUGAAGCACAAUCUCUAAAUGAAAAGGCGAAGAUACGGAAAGUUAGUAACGAAAAACAUUCUUUGUGAUAUAAAAAUAGGCGACAAAGCAGGCAUUUUUAGUUGACGUGAAGAGAAGCAACAGAGCAAAUAAUAGCUUUAUUGAAACUUUGUGGAAUCACUAAGGUGUACUGUAUUCACGACUGUAUUUCGUGUUGUUUAUAAACAAUCUCCAUAUUUCCUUUUAAGCUUCUCACCCGUUAAGUUUUACUUUAAUUUUCUUUGAAACAACUGGCAAGAGUACUUAUAACUAUUCCUAAUGAAAGCUAUGUAUGUGAUUCAAUAAAAUCAUUCCGCGGAACACAUUUUUUAGUUUUUCAAAAGAGUUUACUGCAAGAUAUAUCAAACAAAUUGAACAUUUUAAUUUGAAAAUUCGAGUUGUUUUUAAUACAUUCAAAGCUUUUUUUUUAGAAUAACUCAUCCUCAAAAAAGACAUAAAACUUUUUAAUGUCAUAUUCACAUUUUCUAAACGCCAACCUUCAAUCUACUUGCAAGGUAACGGAAAACGAAUCGUUUUUGAUGACAAUCUGUUGUUUCUUUUUGGGCAGGAACGAGAUACUUCGCAAGUUCCUUUAAAUUGUAAAUUUGUGUAAAUAUUUAAAACUAGUAAAUAAACCAGCAAGAGUUUAUCUUAUUGUGUAAGAUAAUUUAGUAUCCAUAUAAAUAGUUAAACAUGAAGAUAUUAUACAUAAUGUACUCAAUAAUUUUCAUAAAAAAAACGCGUUGGCACUUAUGUCAAAUGUACAACUUUAUAGAAAUCAUCUUUCCAUGAAACAGUAUUGAACGAGGUAUAAUUUCUGCGUUUUAUGUUGUAGUAUUAUGAAUUUUAAAUGGUUUAUCAUCAUACAAUAUUUGCCAAUGAACAAAACAGCUUCGCAUGCAAUUUAUCAACAACAUAUACAAAAAACAGGCUGAAAUGUAAGAUAACAAAUACAUAUAAUUCAACACCUUUCACAGAAAGCGUAAUGUAAAAUAAGACAAAAAAUGAUAAGAACUAACAAUACAAGAGGUAAACCAUGUAAAUAUUUUCCCACCAGCGCAGAAGAAUCAAGGCACAUCAAAGCAAAACAAAAUAAUGCAACAAAAAGCAGUAAUUAAUAAGCAUUUCCUUUCCAUAUGAGUGAACUCAUUUUCAGCCUGAACCUUUCAUUUAGACCAACUUCUUCACAUCAUGAAACUCUCAAAUUGAAGGGAUUAAGCCCGCUGAAAAGAUAACGACAUGCGAAAAGUGAACUAAGUUUAAAAUAAUUAAUAAAACCGUACCAAAACAUACCAUACGCGUACAUUUUUCGUCGAGAGAAAUUAAUCAAAAUAAACCCACCGUCUUAAUCCUUACAGCACGAACUGAGGUGAGAUUUAAUGCUGCUCCCAAUUAAAAGGUCCCUCCGCAUGAAAGUCGUUUUGUAUGUCAAUUCGAUGUGGAAUCAGGAUUUCUGCGAGGUUUUUUCUUCACUCAAAAAUGUGGAGUGUCUUCCAAUAAAAGUAAAGGUAAACGGCAUUCACUGUCAGUGAUGUGAACGUUGUCAGCAGCAUUAUUCAAUUAUCCAGCUCAAUUUAGUUGCACAAAUCCCAGGGGAACUACUAAAUAAAAUUUAAUCUGCUAGUGCUCUGGCAUACAACCCUCAAAACAAGUGCCAAAUCCCACCACCAACGCCCACGGAGGCACUUGACAUCAUGCUGGGAAAAUUCAUCGGUAGUUCAGCUAACAAGGCACGCAUUAUCUCACCCUCCUGGUGCACUGUUUCGCUUCGAUGUCACCAACUGGUAAAUGGCUCAAUAAGGAGAGGCCAGCCGUUAUCCAUUAAAGAUUACAAUCACUCGAUAUGCAUCUGAUUUCACGGAGAUAAGAGGAACCAAACGCCCCUUGCACAACAAACAGAAGCUCAUACCUUAUUC